AUGGGCAAAUCGAGGAAAUCAAGAGCAAGUGCUACUACUUCUUCCAAACAAACUGCCAAAGACCAAGAAACUAAAAGAUUUGAAGAAGCUCAAAAGAUUCUGGACACACCCAAUGUGGUCACCUGUGUCAAGAAAGCUGAAGACCUGGUUGUGUGCAACGAAGCAAGAGUGGACUUCGACAACCUGGCUGAUCAUGGUUUCGACAUCAGGGAUCAAGUCGACUUACAAGGUUGGACUAGUUAUUUCAAUAGGCUCUGUGGUCCUAUUUACCACAAACUGGUGGUGGAAUUCCGGAAAAAUGCAGUUUGCAACGACUACUACGUCGUCUCCCAUGUGCUGGAUAGGAAGAUUGUAAUUUCAGAAGAGUCCAUUGCAAAGCUACUGGGUAUGGAGUUCCAACAGGGAAAAAGGAUCAAGAACGUUGAUGCCAAUGUUCCUGGCAUGAGGAAGCAUGUCAAUUUUGCUAUUUACAACAACUGGACCAUGGAUAGGACCAAGUAUGCUAUAAAGGAUCUGAAGCCUCAGAUGAAGAUCUGGCAGAAGAUUUUCAUUUCCUGCAUCCAUCCUAGAACAGGCGGAACUGAUUACCUCAAUGCAACUCAGAAGGUAAUCAUGUAUUACAUUUCUAGGGGUGAGCCUGUAUGUCUGCCAUUUCUGCUUUUCAACUAUCUGAAGGAAUGUGUUGAGAAGUCAAGAACUACUGGAGGAGAGAACAAGAGGUCUAUUUCCUACAUUCCGUAUGGAAGGUUACUCUCAGAUAUCUUCACUCAGAAUCGACUGGUCAAGGCUCUUUUUGAUCUGGGACUUCAUGAUGAUUUGGCUAUGACCAUUGGAGACCCUCUCAGAUUGAACCGAAGGAAGACACAUCUGAGGAGAUACGUCAGAAGAACUAUCCUAAGUGAAGGAGAUCCUAUCACCCUUGAAGAAUUUGUCACAACUCUUCCUGACAGUCCUCCUGAGAUGCCAACGAGGAGAGGAAAGAAAACAACCAGCAAGCCUUCAGAUCCCAAGGGCAAAGGGAUUCUGAUAGAAGAACCUAAAAAGAAGGAAGCUGCAUCCAAGUCAGUGGUCAUCAGGGAACUCACUCCAGAAAAACCUCCUAAGAAAACCUCAGUGCAAUCACCUCAACUAUCUGAGUCUGAAAGCUCUGAGAACUCUUUGGAAGAAUCCUCAAGUGAGGAGACUGAAGAUGAUGAUGUUCCUCUAGCCAAGAGGCGAAAAGUUAUUUUUGAGGAAGAAGAUGAGCAGGAUGACUGUGAGAUCAUCCAGGAUGUACUUCAGGUUAUAAGGGAAUCUUCAGAAGCUGAAGAAUCCACGGAUUCUGAUGCAGUACCCUUAGUGAAGAGAAGGAAACUACCUCUGAAGGGUCCACUUCAGGAGAAAGAGGCAGAAUCAAAGCAGACCCUCCUAAUAACUCAAACUGGUGAGAUCUCUGCUGAGGAAGAAAAAGAGGAUGAUGAUGUUCAAAUCCUUGAACCGCCCUUCAAUGUGAAGCCUCUUCAACAGGUAGCUUCCAACUUUGAAGACCAGCUUCAAGAUGCUCCUGAAACUUCCUAUGUGUCUUUGUCCAACUAUUCUGCAGUAAACUCACGAGACCUGAAAGAUGCUGAGAUGAUUCCAGCAGAGGUUGUAGAAGACAGCUCUGACGACAUAGUUAUCCUGGAAGAUGCAGAUGCUAAUGUAGUUGAGAAGCAAGGGCCAAUUCAAGUUGAUGCUGCAAUGUCAUCAGAGGCUGCAGUUGCUGCUCAUACUCAAGCUCCAGAAGUUACUACCUCAGCUCCAGCUCCAGAAGUUACUACUCUUGCUGCCAGAAUUGACAGAAUUCAAGAUGAUCAGCAGAGACUGUUUCAGAUGGUUGAGCAGCAAGGACUUGUUCAGAUUGAACAGAGCAGGCAGAUUCAAGAAUCCUCCCGCAGAAUGGAAGAUAUGAUGAAAUUCCUUAUCGAGCAUCUUCCCUCUUCUUCCAAGCCUUGA